CUUGCACAAUGGCACUGCGUGUUGACGCGUAAGCUUGGCCAUGAUGACGAUGCUGGCUUGCUGGCGCCGGCUACGGAUGCCCCAGUGGCUCGGCGGACCCACGCCCCGCACGGCACUGCGUCUGGUCCUCUUCGUGCUCGCGUCCGCCGUCUACUGGCUCUUUCUCAUCUCGGCAGCCAUCGUGCUUGGGCUUCGCGUGGCCUAUAUCUAUGCGACGCAUCUCAAGCUCCGCUGCCACGACCCCGCGCUGUCGGCCCGCACGCUCGCCCAGGCCACGCUUGUCAUGCUACACAAAUUCGACACGGUCGUGCUUGGUAUCUACGACCCCUCCGUGCCAAACGGCCUCGUGUGUCCGUCCUCGGCCGACGACAUUGUUGAGAUGACGCCGUUCGCCGCGUACAUUGCGCUCUGGAAGGGCAUCGUGGGUCUUCUCUGCUUCCAGCUGCCGCUUUCGCUCUGGCUCAUCGCCAUCAAGUGCGUCAAGCGCUUCUUUGACCGCGACUACUACGCGUUCGAGUUCUACCCCGAGUGCUCGUUGGAGACGCGGCCGUUCGUCCUCCUCCAUGCGUGCGCGUACGUUGGCUUUGGCCUUCUCGUCGGGCACGCGCUCUCGAGCCUCCUUCUGCAAAGCGCCUUGCACUGGAACCGAGUCAUCUAUCCGACGCCGUCGUACACGCCCGUUGACGAAAAGGCGUCGCUCUUGUCCACGACGACGUCGGUCGCCAGCGAGCGUCCUCCGCCAUACGAGAUGCCAGCAAGAACGCGUAGCGAGGACGAUGCGAGUCGCCUUGAUGGCUACUUGGAGCUCUGGCAAGCCGUGCUCGAGAGCAUCCGGGUUUUCGAAGCUGGCCACGCCACGCUUCUAGCGUGCCUGGAGGACACGACGCGGCUCGCAUGCAGCACCCUCCGCGCGUCGCCAGCGCAGUGGGCAAGGUUUCAUGGCUUGGCCCAGCGACAAGCGCGCCUGCAACCGACGCCGCCGCCGGUGGCCAUCGAAGAAGCGCUCGAGGACGACGACUCGGUCGUCGACACCUCCCCAAUUGCAUUGGAAAAGCCGACCCCCGUGCUAUUCACGCGCGCCAUGCACACCGGGAGUGACCGCGACUAUGAUGUAUUUUACACCGACACCGACGCUGAGAGCACGGCAACCACGAGCGUCUACCGGGACAUUCCGGAUCCCACUGGUUGGGUCUCACCCACUGCGUACACUGCCACACGAGUCCUGACAUACGACGAGCCCGAGCGAAGAGACUCCGUCAUUGUCUCUCGGGGGCUCGUCUCCCGCAGCGUCCACCAAGCGCUACAGACGACGACACUGACCGACCGCGUGCACUUUGCAGCGUAUGCGCCGGCUUGCGUGUCGCCCGCGUCGACGUUUUCGCAUGCGAUUUACGCCUUCCUCGUGCACCAGCGCGACGAGAUGCGCGAGGAAGCGAUGGCGGACGGCGUCGCCAAGCAGCUCUCGCGGGACCUCUUGCUGCAUGUGCGGCGCGGCGCGUUCGUGACCAUCUCGCUGCAACUGCCAGACGGGUUCCGACAUGCCGGUGAGGCGUCGCAGCUGCUGUCGUGGACAGGCGACGUGACGCACGUGGCGUUCGAGGUCGAGUGUUGUGCUGUCUGCGCCGAGGGCCAAGUGCUUUUUGAAGCGACGAUCGUCGUGGGCACGUCCGUGCUCGUGCUGCGCUCGUACCUCUUUGUGUCCUCGUCCCUGCGCCAGGAUGCGCACGUGCAAGAGCUCGUGAGCGAACUGGAGGUCGUGCCCGAGACCUUUCACGAGAUCGCGUACAGCGACCUGGCGCUCAAAGAGGCGGUCGGCCGCGGCCACUUUGGCGACGCCCACCGCGCCACGUACCUCGGCCAAGACGUGGUCGUCAAGACGCUUCGGCCAAACGAGUUUGGUGACAAUGCCGACCAGAUUGUGGCAGCGUUCCGGCACGAGGCCGCGGUACUCUCGCUCUUUGGGCGGCAUCCCAACAUUGUGCCGUUCGUGGGCGCGUGCACGGACCUCUCGCAGCCACUGAGUCUCGUGACCGAGUACCUUCCGUUCGGGAGCCUCGAAGACCAGUUUGGCGCGCGCCGCCCGCCGCUCUCGACUGAUCAAAAGACGCGCAUCUUGUGUGACGCCGCGUCCGGCUUUCUCAACAUUCACGAAGGCGGCUUCAUCCACCGCGACAUUGCGGCGCGGUACGCAUGCAUAGAUGCCAACGCGGCGCUGAUUCUGUUUGUAGCAACUGUUUGGUCGACGACCAGUUGCGGGCGCGGGUGUGCGACUUUGGUUUGUGCCGACGCGUGCACUCGUACGGCGGCGGCCACUUUGCCGAAGGCGCAAUGCCGCUCAAGUACCUCGCGCCCGAGUCGCUCACGCCGCCCCACUCGUUUUCGUACCGGUCCGACUCGUACUCGUUUGGCGUCCUCAUCUGGGAGACGUUCACCGAGUCCAAGCCGUUUCCGACACUGACGAGCGCAGAGGCCGCUGCUUAUGUUCUCGAGGGCCACCGUUUAGAGCUUGGCGAGAGUAUUCCAACACGGUACCAGUCGCUCAUUGCGCGCUGCCUCCAAGACGAUCCGGCCAAGCGACCGUCCAUGGCCACCAUCGUGCAAGAGCUCACUUCCGCGAUGGCUCGGAAAUGAUUCUUCGCCGCUUGUAAAUUAUUCAAUCAUUGCAAAAUGUGUCGUCGUUGCAGUGCUGUCGUUGCGAUGAUUCGUGAAAUUGGCAUGUGAUUGAUUGACAGUGCGACAGCAGUCUA